CCCGACCCCCUGGGCUCAGCCCGACCCCCUGAGCUCACAGCCCGACCCCCUGAGCUCACAGCCCGACCCCCUGAGCUCACAGCCCGACCCCCUGAGCUCAGCCCGACCCCCUGGGCUCAGCCCGACCCCCUCCGCUCGCAGCUCGCUCCGGACAAGGCGCAGCCGGAGGCGGAGGAAGCGGCGGAGCCGGCCCGGGGGACAGACGGACGCUCCAGCCCCUCCAACCCGGCCCCCAACCCCUCGGGGGGCUCUCCCAGCCCCUGCCGGACCCACAGCGAGACCUACAAGCGCCUCUUCUCCAGCUUCUACUCCAAAGGGAACCAUCCCAUCAUGUCCCCGCUGGCCAAGAAGAAGCUGCUGGCGCAGGUGAGCAAAGCCGAGUCCUCGCACUGCCACCAACGCCACAGCCCCGAGGGCCGGCGGGCCCCGAGCGACCCCGGCCCGGAGCCCCCCCUGAGCGGGCAGAGCCUCCCCGAGCCCCCGGAGCCUUCGGGAAGCCCGAGCGGGGGGAAGGAGGAGGCGGCCCCGGCCCGCAGCGCAUCCCCGGGCGGCGGAGACACCCCGGGCACCCCCGUCUUCACCGGUUACUUCCACGCCUACCGCAGCGAGGGGCUGCAGCCCGGCUGCCCCCCGCUCUGGGGGGAUUUCUCCAGCCUCAAGGAUUUUUUGGAGCCGCCUUCCACCUUCCCUGGGCGGCCGGAGGAGCCCGAGCAGCCGCAAGAGGCGCGGGGCAGAGCGGGGCGGCCGUGGGAGAAGCGGGCGGCGGUGCGGGGCUGCUGGGUCCCCCCCGGGAGCGGCCACCACGAGGAGGAGGAGGAGGAGGAUGAAGAUGAGGAUGAGGAAGACGAGGAAAGCUUCGGCCCCACGCCCGAGUCACGCUCCGUGUCCCCCUUGGCCAAGGAGGGCGGGGAGCGGCGGAUCCGCUCGCCCGGAGGCCACCGGGGGCUGCCCAAACCCCGAGCCGUGGUGGCCGCUCCGGCUCUCCGGGGAUCCCCUCUGCGCUUCCCCGGCGGCUUCGGGACCCCCGCGGAGCCCCCAAAAUCCCGGGGGGCUCCUCUGCUCAUCCCGGCCUUCCCCAGCCCCUUGGUGGCUCCGUUCCCCGCUUCCUUCGGGAAUUCCUUCCCGGUUUUCCCGGCCUUUCCCCGGCGCUAGCUGCCACCCCCGGGGGACACUUUGGGGACACUUUGGGGACCCUCGGGGACACUUUGGGGACACGGAGGGGACAAUGGGGACCGGGCUGUUUUUAUUCCGAUUUCAGAGCUGUUUGUAGCCCCACGGUUGUUUGUAUUUUCUUAUCUGAUUAAGAUAAAACGGAUAAAAAAGGGGAGUGAAAA